AGUUCCUACAAUGCUGAUUUUGAUGGAGAUGAAAUGAAUGUUCAUUUACCACAAGAUGAAAUCUCACGUUCUGAAGCUUAUAACAUUGUGAAUGCAAACAAUCAGUAUAUAGUUCCAGCAAGGGGAGAUACUGUUAGAGGCUUAAUCGAAGAUCAUAUUGUCAGUUCUGUUCUUCUCACAAUGCAAGAUACAUUUUUAAACAGUGAACAGUUCAAUCAACUUCUUUAUGCUUCUGGUGUUUUUAAUGGAGGUAAUUCAAGACAUGGUAAAAAUUCAUCUACCGAUAAAGGCUGCUUUGUGAAGCCUGUUCUUCCAGCUGUCUGGAAGCCAAAGCCUCUUUGGACAGGAAAACAAGUGAUAACAGCGUUGUUAAAUCAUCUGACUAGAGGUUAUACGCCUUGUAUUGUUCAUAACAACGUGAAGAUACCAUAA